AUGAACGUUCCUCCUGAUGGACCUUUGUUUACUUGUUUGUUGUUUGGAGGUAUACCCCUCCUUGGUUAUCUCAUCGUUCGGUGGAUCGUGCUGAGUAGUAUUUGGUAUUUCUCUAUUGGCCUGUGUGAGUGGAAUAGUUGGAACGGGUUGAUCUCUUGUAAUGUGCCGUUUCACUGUGUCGGGGCUGCAAAACGUAAGCAGGUGAGUGCACUUCUACUGUAGUUAAAGUAGUAAUGUUAGUAGUUGUUUAUGAUGCGACACCUCUUGCCCGACAGUUGAGGUGAAUUGUACUCUGAGUUGGUGUAUGUUAGCUGUGGUUAAUUAGGAGUGGACGAGGUAUGCGAAAGAGUGCUUUUCCUUGUGCGCAGGCUACUUGUUGGACGUCGUUCGUUGGAUGUGGACCGAGGGGGACGUGUGUGGGAGCUUGGUGAUUGGUGGUUGCAAUCGGGUGGGAAGUGUGAGUUUCGCAUUUUUCUCUCUGUAUGUGUGUGUGUGUGUGUGUUUGAAAAGUAUUUUGUGAUGGUGCACAUGCGGACCGGUUGUGUGUGCAAGGUCGGCCAAUUGUAUCUUGGAAACUACUGUUUUUCUUGUUAGGCGUUGAUGCUGAAUGCCAGGCAA